AUGGCUUUCCGUAAGAACCACCCACCGAAGUUCAGUGGGGACUAUGAUCUAGAAGGUGGUAGGUUGUGGUUAGCGGAGAUUGAGAAGAUUUUCGAGGCGAUGGGUUGCCUCGAGGAGCAUAAGGUCCCUUAUGCGACAUUCAUGCUCCAAGAAGAAGCCGAGAAUUGGUGGAAGUUCGUGAAGCCUUCAUUUGCUGCACCUGGAGAUGCUCAGAAUGAAGAAGAUUUAUGUGCUCAGUUUGAAAAUGGGCUUCGAUUGGAGAUUCAACAGGCGGUUAGCUAUAUGCAGAUCACGGAUUUUAACCAGCUGAUGACAAAGUACAGGAUUUUUGAGGACAAGAUGAAGGAGAGGCAAGCUAGAGGCUUUGGAGGACCACAUAGAAGCCAUCUUUUUAGAGGAAACAGUAAUAAGAGGAUGAAUCCAUAUUCUAGCAACAAGGGGAAACAACCUGUGACUACAUCCAACGUGAGCCAGUCAAGUGGGACUAGGGUACAGUGCUUUCAGUGUGGAGGACCGCAUCUUAGGAGGAAUUGCCCACAGCUCCAGCAGACACAGGAGAACCUUUGUUAUGUCUGUGGCAAGAACCAGGCGGUCCUGUGGAAUAAUGACUGCCAAGAGACCUUCGAGAAAAUCAAGCAGAGUCUCACAAAUCCCCCGGUACUUAUGCCACCUGUAACGGGAAGACCCCUUUUCCUGUACAUGACCGUGUUGAACGAGUCUAUGGGGUGCGUGUUGGGUCAGCAUGAUGAUUCUGGGAAAAAGGAGCAAGCCAUCUACUAUCUGAGCAAGAAGUUUACCGCAUGUGAGAUGAAUUACUCAAUGCUAGAAAGGACAUGUUGCGCGCUGGUAUGGGCAUCACAUCGGCUUAGGCAGUACAUGCUCAACCAUACCACGUGGCUUAUUUCCAAAAUGGAUCCCGUGAAAUACAUCUUUGAAAAACUGGCCCUCACAGGACCAAUCGCUAGGUGGCAGGUAUUAUUAUCUGAAUUCGAUAUCGUUUACGUCACCCAAAAAGCGGUAAAGGGAAGUGCCUUAGCGGAUUAUUUGGCCCAACAACCCCUCCAGGAUUAUCGGUCGAUGCACCCCGAGUUUCCAGAUGAAGAUAUCAUGGCCCUAUUUGAAGAGAAGCGGACGCACGAGGACAUAGACAAAUGGAUUGUUUGCUUCGAUGGGGCAUCCAAUGCUUUGGGCCACGGAGUAGGGGCAGUCCUUGUAUCCCCGGAUGAUCAUUGUAUUCCUUUCACGGCUAGGCUAGGUUUUGAUUGUACCAACAAUAUGGCCGAGUACGAGGCAUGCGCCCUCGGGGUUCAGGCGGCCAUUGAUUUUGAUGUAAAACUACUCAAGGUGUAUGGAGACUCAGCUUUGGUGAUACGCCAGUUGAAAGGAGAAUGGGAAACUAGGGAUUCAAAGUUGAUACCCUAUCAAACUCAUAUCUUGAGGUUAGCCAAGUACUUUGACGACAUUUCCUUCCACCACAUACCUCGGGAAGAGAAUCAAAUGGCUGAUGCACUAGCCACCCUGGCAUCCAUGUUUCAACUUGCCCCACACGGGGAUCUGCCAUACAUCGAAUUCAAAUCUCAAGGCAGGCCGACAUAUUGUUAUGCAAUAGAGGAAGAGCGGGAUGGGAAACCGUGGUAUUUUGACAUCAAGCAGUAUGUCGAGAAUAAAGAAUACCCACCAGGGAUUUCUGACAAUGACAAAAAGACGUUGAGGAGAUUGGCUACUGGUUUCUUUGUAAGUGGUACUAUCCUAUACAAACGAAACCACGACAUGACCCUCCUACGAUGCCUGGAUCAGCCUGAGGAGGUGGCAGCGAUGCGUUUGGGGCCUGUGGGUCGCCACCCUGUGCCUGUCUAG